GUUCAUGAAAUCAUGGAUCUAGCGCAUGAGAAGUUCGGAAAAGCGCUCCUGUAUAACGAUAUUAAAAACAUGCGGACUAAGAUAAAUAAACGUAAGUCCUAUCAAAAUAAAUGGUGCAGUAGAAUAGAAAUUGGUUGUUUGGAAGAGCUGCUUCAUCGACUGAGGCAGACAGGUACAGUUAAAGUUUUGCAGGACAACGCAGGCUUUGUAUCUAAGAUCAUUUUUGCUCGUAAUGAUAUGAUAGACGUGUAUCAUAAGUUUCCAGAAGUAGUUGGAAUCGAUUGUACUUACAAAACGAAUAAGAUGGGAUGGCCUUUAUAUCAGUUUGUUGUGACUGAUGGAUUCGGAAGAGGAAGGACUGUUUUGUUUGCUCUUACUAGGAGAGAAACGUUUGCAGAUAUCAAGGAGAUAUUGCAAACGUUUAAGAGAUUUAUGGUGGAUACAUCGAAAACAUUAACAUUCACUGUCGACUGUGCAACUGCACAGAUGAAAGCCCUAAAGGAGGAAUUCCCUAGUUGCAAUAUUGUUUUGUGUCUUUUCCAUGUAUGCAAGGCAUUCAGAAGGAAGUUCCCAAACCAGCUUGUUAAAAAGUGGUUGUAUGGAAUGGCGCACACGCGCAGUUAUGACAGGUUUUGGCGUUACCUAAACCUCAUAAGUAUUGUAGACGCUGAGGCUGGUGCUUACAUUAGAAGGUACUGGCUAAGAACACGCAAAUAUUGGGCUGCAUCGUGCAACCGGUUCACCAUCAGCAUGGGGAACAAUACUAACAACAGAGUUGAGAAUGCUCAUAGGCAUUUGAAAAGAUAUCUACGUAAAGGUGAUCCUAUGGAACUGACGCUAUGGAAAAUAUGGAGGUAAAUCGACCACAUAACCAUGCGUAAAAUACGUCAGGGCCAGUGGAUGCUUGCUAAAUACUACAAUUACGAUGUACCUAAUUCCCUGAAGUCUCAUUUACGGAGUCUCACGCCGUUUGCUGCCCAGAAAGUUGUGUUAGAUUUACAAAGGCGUUCCUUCUUCUUCCAUUCAAUAUCUUCUACCUCAGGUGUUUACGCAGAAGGUGGUCACAUAUUCUUCGUGAACAGGAACGAGGCGGACUGCACAUGUUGGACAUACUGCGCAUACAAUUUGCCUUGUGCACAUGUCGUCGAGGCGUUCUUGAACUCAUAUCUAAAUUGUGAUAUUCUGAGGAAUAGUGAGAGGUGGACACGUGUAUAUAACACAACGGACAACAUUCCGAGGGCCAUCCGGUUAAUGCCGGAACCAAACAACGCGUUUCGAAAUGCUUAUGAACGUUUAAGAUAUCGUCUCAACAGUCUGAACCGAAGAAAUCCGGAUGCUGCACUGCGGGAAAUAGCGGAGUUUACCAGAAGGUUGGACAGUUUGCUAGCAAAUGAACCGCAAACAACUUUAAGAUUACGACGUGCCCCUGUUAAUCGAUUAUUUUUGUGAAAAUAUUUGUAUUACCUUUUUAUUUCCAUUUGUAUUCAGAAUAUAAACAUGUAUGUAUAAACUGCAGUUACACUUCCUUUCCUUUCAAAAGGCUAAGACCGACAGUUUAAAGAAUACUUUGGUUGAUUGUUUCGUUAAGAGAGCGCUUUGAAAGUCACUUAGAAAUUAAAACGAUCUGUGCCUUACUUACU